UGCUCUUCAGAAGAGCUCCGGAAAUUCAAAGAUCCUUUUAUUACCGCUAACUUCUUGGCAAAUCCGUACAUGACUUCUUGAUUGAAGAGUUAGCGAAGCACUCACUUUGAGAAAAUAUAUCGAUUGCAGUGAACGAAGGAGGCUAAAGAUUCAGAUUUUGAAAAGUGCUGAAGAGCGGAUAAAGCGCCUGAGAAUCUGAAGGCUUUCUCCUGUAGCCAACUACAAGCCAGCUUCAGUCAGCCUUGUAUCUUAAAGACUAAUCGGAGCACUUUGAUGUUCAUCAUGCGGUUGCAAAUAAUCAACUUUUUUCUAGUGGUCGGAGUGUUGGCAUCAGAACGAAGCGUCGAGGAAAAUCUCGAACGAAAACGACAAGCAAGGCAAGCUGGAGGGGGAUUGAAUUGUCCCAUCGGUCUUCCCCAGAAAUCUACCGACAAAUGCCGAGCUAUUCGCGAAAAAGACUUGGAAGUCCAGAGGGGAAUCUAUCAACUGGCAUUACGCAAACCCUUGCCUAUGCCAUUAGUGAAUAUGAACAAAUCAACACUAAUCCAAGUACUUUUACAAGACGAGUUUGCAAAGGACCAGUUUAAUGGGUAUGCUGGUAUGCUCAGAAAAAACAGAGACUUUUCAAAAACGUGGAAAAAGAAACAUCCUAAGGAGAUAACAGAGUUCCAGGAUUAUGCAAAAAUCUUCAACGAUUUUAGAAGUGAAUUGGGAGAAAAUGGAAGUACUGGACUCUAUCGGUUCGUCACUAAUGUCGAGCCAUUUCAGGAUAUUCUGAAGGACUGGAGAAAGGACGAUAUGUUCACUGAACAGAGGCUAAGUGGCUGUAACCCCAUGGUACUUCGUAGGGUGACAGAAGAUUCAUCUGAUGUGGGUCUCAGAUGGUCAGAGUUGGUCCAAACACUCAAUCCAAGCUACGAAUGGGAAAACGCGAUACAGGCCGCGAUGGAAACAGAGGAAACGCUAGCACAGGCCAUAAAGAACGGCGAUCUAUAUGUUCUUCGCUAUGAGGUGUUUGAUGAUAUGGUUACCCACCCUGAUUAUGCUGAGAAACGACCGGGUCGCACGAUGUGGCCUUCGAAGUCACCAAUAGCUUUGUUUGCCCUGAACAAGGAAAAACGGCUACGUGCAGCAGCAAUUCAGACUGAUUACAAGCCAGAUUCGCCCGUUUUCGCCCCUGGUGAUGGUGGGUCCUGGAUGUUGGCCAGACAGGUUGUCCAGGCAACAGAUUAUGCGCACAGCCAGAUGAUAGAACACCUACUAAAGAUCCAUCUCUUGGCUGAACCCUUCUGCGUAGUCAUGCAUCGUCACCUUUCCUCUCAGCACCCGCUGAAUGAGCUCCUCAAGUAUCACUGUAGGGGCCUCUUAGCUACGAACACGUUAGGCUCGCCAUCGCUGGUCAACGAAGGCGGCUACAUGGACAUUCUGCCUGCCAUGGGCCACAAAGGAACCAUACUACUCUUGGAGCGGGGCUACAAGACUUUGGGUUGGAAAGACACAGAUUUUCAUGGGGACAUAAAGAAACGGGGCCUUGAUGACGAAGUCAAAUUUCCUUAUUUUCCGUAUCGCGAUGACAGCAAAUUGUUGCUUAUGGCAAUUUCGAGAAUGGUGGAGGAUUAUAUUUGGGUUUAUUACGAACGAGACAGGGAUGUCCGAGAGGACGAAGAGUUACAAGCCUAUGUGAACGAGUUAUCUAUUGAGGGAACUGGACCAAAUGGUGGAUCUGGCCAGGUAAAAGAUUUCCCGGCCGUGUUGACGACUAAGAGGGAGCUUAUUGACGUAAUAACGAGGUUACUGUGGUUGCUAAGCGUGAAGCAUUCUACGGUAAAUUAUCCCGUUAGCGAUUAUGGAGCGUUUACACCUGUCUUGCCAACCAAGAUAUACAAUGACACCAGUGUACCACCAGGAGUGUUCUCUGAGUUGAAUUUACCCAAUCGCAACAUAUCCCUUGCCCAAGUCGAGGUGGCCAUGAAUGUAGGAAUAUAUCAUUAUGACACGUUGUUUGACUACUACGGACAGCUCAAGAAUCCUGCGGCAAAGCAAGUAGUUAGGUUCUACUAUUACUAUCUGAAGUAUGCCGUUAGUCCAAGGCUUAAGUUCAGGAACUACAGGAGACUGAAGGCUGGCCACCUCACUUAUCCAUAUUUACAACAUCCUUGGAUUCCAAACGGAAUCCAGACAUAAAUAAUUAACAUUUAGAACCUAAUUGCAUGCAUAUUUCAGGAAUGACAAUAUGGUAAAGCUCAACUUUUUAGCCUGUUAAAGACUCAACCAGUUGAAAAAGUUUGACUGAUGCCACAGGUCAUUUCAUUAAGUUAUUUGUUUUGAGCCUCUUCCUUCCUGAGUAAGCUGUAUAAAGGCGGGUAGCUAAUGAGGAAAUGGACUAAAGAUAUCAUGGAUUAGAUGCCAGCUUAAUACAGAGUUUGAGUCGUGAAAGAAUUCAACUUUAGUGCCCGAGUCCGCUCAGCAGAAGUGUCUGUUGACUGCGGCUGUGUUUUGCAGCGAAUAUGGGAAGAAAAAAUUAAAGACAUAUUUGGUGUCGGCAAGUUCGCUUUUAAAAAAAGACAAGUUAUCCACUUAAUAUCAUGGUGUUACUUUUUCAUAUUUAGGCACUGAUAACGAAUUUAAUCGAUUCAAUUGGUAUUGAAUAGAUAUCUUAUUAUCUCGAUUGAUUUAAAUGUUCGUGAUCUUUAGCUUGGCUGGCUGGCUUAUCACACGCAAGGGAAGUUACACCGCUAAAAUUGCAAAGGAGGUCAACUCUUUACUGUAAUGAAUGUUGUUAUCGAAUAAACUUGGAAUGUGCAUGCAAA